AUGCAUCGUAGGGACACGGCGCCUUCUCUCUUCCUCAACGACUCUGCCAGCGUCUCGGCGGCCAAGACGAGUGCCGAAAGCCACCUGGACGUGGUCGCCGUGGUCCUCAACACGCUCACCAUCGUGCUGGGCAUUCCGGGCAACUCUCUUGUGAUCUGGGUCGUGGGAUGCAAGCCUAAGUCGGCAAACGUCCUCAACGUAUGGCUGAUCAACCUGGCGAUGGCGGACCUCAUCUUCUGCAUCACCCGAAUCUUCUCCCUGGUCAAGAAGCUGUUCCUGGGCCACUGGCCCUUCGGCUUGUUCGUCUGCAAGUUUAACGGCUUCUGCAAGCAAGCCAACAUGUUUGGCUCCGUCUUCAUGCUGGCCGUCAUCAGCGUGGACCGGGCCCUCUGCGUCCGGCUGCCGGUGUUCACCCGGCGCCACCGCACCGUGUGCGCCGCCCGAGUGGUGGCCACGUGCGUGUGGCUGGUGGUCUUGGCCUUCAGCUGGCCCUUCUUCUCCAAACACAGCCUCAUGUGCAACCAGGACAUAGCCAAGUGCCAAAUGAAUAACAAGAACGGCCUCUACGUCGUGCGCUUCCUGUUCGGCUUCCUGCUGCCCUUCCUGGUCAUCCUGGCCUGCUACAUCCUGGCCGGGGUGGGCAUCCACCGCACCCGCUUAUCGGGCAAGGGGCGCGUCCUGGGGGUGCUGGCCCUGCUGGUGGCCACCUUCUUCCUGUGCUGGGCUCCGUACCACGGCCUGCUCAUCCUCAAGAUGGUGGAUAGGAACUGCGCACUGCUCAAGACAUGGAUGCCCCUCGCCAAAGGCGUGGCUUUCAUCAAAAGCGGCAUCAACCCGCUUCUCUACUUCUUUGUGGGGAUGCGGAUGAGGACCCCGGCCAAGAAGUCUCUGGAGGGCCUGUCCAGGAACGCUCUCGCCGACAAUCCUGACGGACAGACAGGACAGUGCAACGGCUUGGGCUUGAGCAAGUCAGAGGUGUGAUGAGCGGAAGAAAUAAAAGUGGAAAGAAAAACGAGACUGUUUGGCUGACUUCAGCGAAAACAGUACUGACUUUGCCCACCGUUAGCCUCGAGGUACAAUAGCAGUUAGCAAGGUGGGCGUGGGCUGCCGUUCCACUUGUCAAAGAAUCCGACAUUUACAUUCAAGCCUACUUCAAAAACCAGAGUACUCCGAGUUUGAAACCUUCAUUUAAAACGGUAACCCUGAUUGGAAACGCUGACCCAAUUUUAAAACCCAAACACUAGUUUAAAAUGGAUUUGAAACCCUAAGCCGAGGGGUGUCCAAACGACAGCCCAGGGCAGCAUUUGCGGCCCAGCAUCCAUUUUUCAGGGGUGGGCGACAUGACCCCCGCCCAAAAAA